CUUGUUUGUCUCAUGUCUCCUGAGUAUAAAUGAAUCUUCACGGGAGUAUUUCAGUUACACUUCAUGAACCAAGAUGGCAAAUCAAUCUCGGAGAAUGAAAACUGUGUCAGUUGUGGAGAAAGUCUGCCAUUAUUUCCGUCCACACUAUACACAGUUGAUUCUGGGUGGAGCCACUGUGUGAAAUAAAGUCUGGACUGAAUCAAAAGUCAAGCAAUGGAUUCCCCUUUCCUUUGUUGAUAUAUAAUACUGAAUAAUAGGGACAUUCUAGCUCAUUUGGAGGAGAAUUACUCGAUCAAUUCUUGAAAUGUUUUCCCAAUCGUUAUACAUUGUCUUUAUCACAGUGCUCGUCAUUAUAGCUCUACCUCCACUCUUUCGACAUGAUUCCAUUGACGUCUCAGCUCCUAUUCAGGAGUAUCAUACCGUUAAGCCAAAGAUUGCAGUCAUUGGUGCUGGUGCUGGUGGGACAUCGUUCUCUUACUAUUUACAGCGUUAUACCUCGCAUGCCUUUGACAUCAAGAUCUUCGACGGAAACAAUUACAUUGGCGGUCGCUCAACAACAGUGGGUAACUACGCCGCUAAGCAACAAGCCAGUUCAAAUCCAGAUGUGUUGAACAGUAGUGUCGAACUCGGCGGUAGUGUCUUCGUUGCACCAAACAAGAUCUUGGUUAACGCUGUUGAGGAGUUUGGGCUGACCACGGAUGGUGUGGGUAAUAAACACAACAAAGCACUUCAAGGUACAAUUGGUGUUUGGAACGGUACUGAAUUCGUUUUCAAGGCCAACAGUAAGACAUACCUGGGUAUAACAAAGAGCUUGUUAACAAUUCUAUUGAGGUACGGAGUCACUGCAUGGAAGCUUUACAGGACUCUUAGUGCCACAGUUUCAACUUUUCUGGAGUAUUUCUAUGACAAGGACUUUCCUUUUGAUCUCAAUCACAUAGUUGAAGAUAGUGGAUUGAACCAAUAUCUGGGUAUCACGGCAGCUCAGCUUUACGAAGAGCGAAGCCUCAACCCAAGGAUGGGGUAUGAACUUAUUCAGCCGUUGACUUUAAAUAACUAUGGCUCGAACCUGAACGAAAUCCAUGCCUUUGGAAUGAUGAUCUCCAUGGCUGCAGAAGAUGCAAUGAGCGUCAUUGGUGGUAACUAUCAAAUUUUUGAAAAAUGGGCAGAGUGGUCCAGAGCUAACGUUUCUUUGAACACAAGAGUACAGGGACUUAACAAGACCGAGGACGGGUUAUGGAUCUUGUCUUACAACGGCACUAACGAAACGUUUGACAAGGUUAUCGUUGCGGCUCCAUGGCAAUUCACCGGCAUUGAGACCUCUGAAGAGUUUGGGUUUGAAGAUGUUACGUACCGGGAAUUACAUGUAACUUACAUUGAGUCCGAUGUUGACCAUUUAAUUGACCAUCACAGAUAUAAAGUCAAAUCAGGCGACACAGUUCCUGAAGCGAUCCUCGGAACGGGCCCUUAUGUUACGUUCUACAGUGCCAACAUUGUUGAUCUAGACGAAGAUGAGCAAAGAGUUCGUUAUAAAGUGUUCAGCGCAAAGCCUCUCUCUGAGCUCUUUUUGAAGGAUUAUUUCUUUGAGGACCCUACUGGCGUCAAGAUUUGGUUUGAGAAGACGUGGUUCCCAUACCCAAUUCUGGACCCAAUAUCAAAGCCUUUUGACUCUUUCAAAGUGGACGAGGGAUUGUGGUACUUGAAUGGAAUUGAGAGGUUUAUCUCCACCAUGGAAACUGCCUCGCUAGCUGGUGCUAACGUCGCAGCCUUGAUCGCAAAAGGUCUCAACACCACUACACUUGCAGUACCUUGACUACUGCUCCUUAAAUAAGGCUGGCCGUAUCUGGAGAUCCCAAAUUACUAUCAGUUAGCUAAUCUACAUGCCUGUUAUCUCCUGCCAGUUAUUGCUUACCACCAACGUGCGAUAUAGUAGCUAAUUUAAUACCUACUACACAACAGUCUGUCACAUGCCAUAACCAUCGAAAGCUUAUAUAAGCGAUGUGUGAGUCGCAAACGUUCGAGCUUAAUUUAUCAAAGAUACCUGUUACAUGACACACAGCGUGAGGCUACCACAGGAAAGCUCUUGUCUCAAGUCACGCGUCGAGAGGUGUGGUCAGGCUUAAAUAUCAAGAACCAAUAGAGUUAUGCGUGUUGAUGCCGUCUCCCCAUCGCACUGGAAAACUUUUCUUAUCGGUCUUGUCCUAAUCCGUCCAUCGAGCAAUGGAAGGGCCUUAUCUC